UUGCCAAUCCGCCGAAUGCUCAGCUUGGAUCAUUGACAGUUACUCCGGAGUUAAGGUUUUCAGAAUUUUCCAACAUGGGUAGGGUGUAUCAGAUGCCAUUUCUUGCUUUCGUCUGUGUAGAAACUGAUGGAAUGGACAGAUCAUCUCUGAAUCUUAUAUAUACCACAUACUGGUACAUUGAUGACAAAGUUGCGUUCAGUUUUGAAAAUGAAACAAGUGUCACUACCCUAACUGAAAAAGAUCUCCUUCAGAAAGGUUUUGGUCUCGGAAUAAUGAUCCGAUGUGCUGCUAAAAUGGCAAGCUCCCCAGCAGGUCUUAAAACAAAUUUGACUACAAGCAAAAACUUCUUCGCAGGGAUAGAGGCGAGUACAUUAGCUUAGAUUGUAUAUUGAUAUAAUUCUAAA